GUGGAGGGAGGAGGUGUGUCGCUGCGGCUCACAGAGACGCCAAUGUAAUCCUCACUUUAAUACGUGCACUCUUGCAAAGGUUCCCGGAGCCGACGGUUACGAAGACCCGAGCACGUGACUUUGCGGAAAUACACACGAAUCAUACUCACGUUCACACAUACACACAUAUAUAAAAAAAAAUAAUAAUACAACAAAAAAGGAGGAAUAUUUGAAGUUUUUGAAGUGAAGUGAUAAAAUAAUAAUCCUAAGAAAUUGAAAUGAAAAAACGUGAUUAGGAAAUAAGUAAAAAAUUAAAAAAAGGAAGAGAGAGGAGAGAAAGAUAAAAAAGAGAGAGAGAGAGAGAGAGGAACAGUAAGAAGAUAAAGAAGUUGCAGGUGAAGAAUCAUUCCCAGGACAUUCACUUAAGACGAAAAGGAGUGAGGACAGUCGCGGCGCCGGGUCGUGACGGCGCGGGUGGUGGUCGUGGCCUCGCGCCGAACAUGAGUCGUCCUCUGCCAAGGAGCAGCUCGAGGCCCGGCGUGAGGCUGUCCCCGCCCCCUCCUGUGAGCAGCCCGCGCACUGACGCCCUCCCGCACAGGCCGCGGCGAGCAGGUGGCGAGGUCUGAGGAGCAGACCAUCAGGCGGCUUACUGAGGCUGACGCGGGCGGGGAUGCGGUGGUAGGGGUGGCGGGGGGAGGGGAGCAACCCGGACCAGCCACGAUGGGCCCGCCAGCAGCCCUGGCUCCGGGGCCCCGCCAGUCCACCCGCCCACAGGGGACCGCCGCCCCCCACGUCCAGAGUGCCGCCAGGGUGUGCCGGUGAAGCGCCGCAGCCUCAGCAUGGGCGUGGCGUGGGUGGUGUGGGCCGCGGUGGCCAGCGCCGUGGUGAGCGGCAGCCAUCCUGACCAGGUGCUGAGCCGCACGGUGACCACCAAGUACGGUAAGAUCCAGGGCUUCAUCCGCCACCACGCCAAGUACCCGCUGCCGCCCGUCGAGGUGUUCCUGGGCGUGCCCUACGCCUCGCCGCCCCUCGGCGACGGCCGUUUCACGCCCACCAGCAGCCCGCUGCCCUGGGACGGCGUGCGGCGCUGCACGGAGCUGCCGCCUGCCUGCCCGCAGCCCCUGCCGCAGCUGCACGGCGACGAGGAGUCCCCCGCCCGCGCCGCCCAGCUGGCCUCCCUCAGGCGCCUUCUGCAGCACCAGAGCGAGGACUGCCUCUACCUCAACAUUUACAGUCCACACGACGGCGGCGGGCAGUACCCAGUGAUGGUGUACAUUCACGGAGAGGAUUUCCUGCGUGGCUCCGGCAACCUGUACGACGCCAGUGUGUUGGCAGCGUACGGGCAGGUGACGGUGGUGACAAUGAACUACAGACUGGGGCCCCUGGGUUUCCUCAACACGCGACCAAACGCCAGCGGGCCAGGAGUCGUGGGGAACCAGGGGCUGAUGGACCAAUUGGCGGCGCUGUCUUGGGUCAACGAGAACAUAGCGCACUUUCGAGGAGACAGAAGCAGAGUUACCAUCUUCGGUCACGCCUCAGGAGCCGCCUGUAUAAACUACCUAAUUGUGUCGCCUGUUGUUGUGCCCGCACUCUUUCAGCGAGCAGUCUUGAUGUCAGGCUCAGCUCUAAGUCCCUGGGCAGAAGUACAGGACCCUCUCUCGGUGACAGCGCGUCUUGCUAAGCUCCUCAACUGCUCCUUGCCCUCGAGCCUCAGCGACAGACACCCGGAGACCAUCAUGUGUCUGAGGAACGUGUCUGCAUCCCGCCUGGCGACACUCGACCUUCCGGAAUACAAGUUUACGUCUCUCUUUGGCCCCAGUGUGGACAAUGUGGUGGUGACGCAGGAUUUCAAGACCAGGAUGAAGAGGGUCCUGGAGAAGCGGGGAUUAAGUGUAAUGUUUGGCGUGACGGAGGCUGACGGGUUCCCUCAGCUGAACCGGGACCAGGUGCAAGAAGGCCUGGACGUGUCAGCGAGGAACCGUUUAUUCAGAACCUACGUAAGGAAUGUGUACCACCAUCACCUGCAGGAGAUUUACCUGGCCAUCACCAAGGAGUACACGGACUGGGGCAACCCGGCGCAGCAUCCCUUCGUGGUAAGAAACUUGGCGGUGGAGGCAAUCAGUGACGGCUCCUACCUGGCGCCUCUCAUGGACUUCGGGGAGAUGGUGAGCACACAGGCACCCACCUACAUGUACGUGUACAGCCACGCCAACCACCACCACGACAAGGACAAGAAGCCGUUCGGGAGUCUGUUCGCUUCGGAGAUUCCACUUCUGUUCGGAGCUCCGUUCAUGGAUGAUCCGGGACACUGGACUGAUAAUUUUUCGAAGCCUGACUCGCAUGUCUCGGAACUGCUCAUGAGAUACUGGACCAACUUCGCUAAAUCUGGGGACCCUAACCUUCCGGAGGAGACCAAACCAGUCUACUCUUACAAGGACCGAGGCAGCAGACAGAAAAAUGUGUCAUGGGAACAGUAUGAGGCAGUAUACGAGAAAUUCCUUGACAUCAGUUACCGUCCGCGGCUCAAGGACCACUACAGGGCUCACAAGGUCGCCCUCUGGAACUGGCUAAUCCCAGAGCUGGAGGAGGCGGGCUCAAAGUAUCCAGAGUCAGAUGAGGAGGCGUGGCACUCCUCUGAGGACCCCAAGCAUUUUAUCGGCCCCGUCAGACCGCUGGAUCCCUUUAGGUUCCUGCACACCACCACCGCCUCCAUCACCUCGGAGGCCCCCGCCCUGCCCACGCCCAGCGAUGAGUACCUGCCGCCCAACGUGAGCGCCGCCCACGGGGGAGCGCCCAGACUGGUGAACAGGUCCUCAGAGGCCGUGACGGGGGCUGGCGGGGGGCAGUUCCUUGACUACACUACGGCGCUGACGCUCACCGUGGCCAUCGGUCUCUCCCUGCUGGUGCUCAACGCCAUUCUGUUCGCGGCGCUCAUUUACAAGCGGGACAGGAACUCUCUGGGGCCCAAGAUCAAGUACGACAGCGCCUCCGCCCAGCCGCUGUGCACCGUGGACAGCGGCAUCCGCUCCGUGUCCACCCACGAGGCGCUGUCCUCCCCCGUGAAGGAGGGCAAGCAGGCGUGCGGCGUGGACCUGCAGUGCACAGAGCUGCACACCUUCCCCACGCCGCCUGACAUCGGGGACCGCAACACCGAGGUCACCUUCCACACCAGCAACUCCAUGCACUCCAUCCUGUCGCAGCCCACCAGCCAGUUCAUCCCGCCCCCGCCGCUGCUCGCCACCACGCCGCCCACGCCGCCCGUCUCCGCCCAGCUCAGUGACGGCAUGGAGGGCGGCGCGUGCUCCGGCGGCCGCUGCUUUCCGGACGCCGGCAACGGACAGUAUCCGGACAUCAACCCCAACGGCCAGUUCCCUCCUGACGUGGGCCAAUAUCCCUCCGACAUGACCAGCGGCCACUUCUCCGACCAGUACCGUGGCAAUGGCAACGGCGGCGGCGGCGGCGGCGGCGGGAGUGGCGGCGGCAGUCAGUGCACGGAGCCGAGCAUAUCCGCUUACCCCACAACGUCGGCGUCGCAGUGCACGCAGUACUGCCACCACUACCCGCCCAGCGUCAGCCAGUACUCCUCCUCCACCGACCAGUACUCCAUAUCGGGCAGCCAGUUCUCCAGCCCCGGCGCGCCCUGCUCCACCUCGGUGUGUCAGUUCUCGGAGGCGGGUGUACCGUGUCUGCCCAAGACCCCCUACUCCGACGACGGCAGCACGCCCGAAGUGGUGGCCAGCGCGGGAGGGCAGCGUGCAAGCCGGAGCGCGACGCUACAACGCGGGGCCUCCAUCAGGAAGCCCCAGCCGCCCCCGCGAGGCUCCACGCUGCCAUCCUACGCCACGCUGCCCCGCCAGAGUUCCAAGGAGUCCCUCUCUCACAUCAACGCCUGAACGCCGCCACUCGCGCCGCGGCCCAGUGACUCGUGACGCUCAAGUGACAGAAAACGGGGAACGGUUUUUCACUGCCGCGUGGAGGAGAGAGGAUUUAACACGCGUCGAUAUAUUUUUUUUUUUUCCACGAAUAGCGAGAAAUAUCGGUGGUAUUGACACGAACCGCAAAACACCACGAUACGUACGUGUGUGUGUUUGUGCGUGAACGUGUAGGUCAUUUUUGUUAUAUUUUUCCUGUGCGCAUCAACGAGACAAGCUAAGCAGUGAACACACGGGCAUGGGCUGGCUGAAAACUGACGAAAUUAACCUGUGGAGGAGCAUUUUGUGGGUUUCACACUUUUCUUAUAUUAGCAGUGUGUUCGUGUGUAUGUGUGCGUGUGCGUGAGUAUGCGUGCGUAUGCGUGUGUGCGCGUGCGUGUUUCAUUAAUGUGUCACUCCAAAAUGCGACAUACGUAAGCAUCACUUUAGCCGCGACUCACCUCCGUGUUUGCUCUUGGUGUCAGCGAGGCCAGGCACAAGCGAGGCAGGGAGACGGGAAGAGGAGGGCAGGCAGGUAGAGCAGGCAGGUGUCCUCUCAUCACCUCCACCCCUCCCCAGCUCCUUGCCGCCCACCUGGAAAGCAAGGAGAAAUGAGAUUGUAACUUAAAUGAUUCGUAAGGGAAUAAUUGGCAAGACGGAGGAACUAAGAGUGAAAAGAUGAAAAGUGAUUGUCUGUUUGUUGACGGUGACUGGUCUAAAGGUUCUCGUUGUU